AUGUCGCAUUUGUUACAUACAGCGAUUAAGGAUAUCCAAAAGGAUAUGUACUUUGGUACCGAGGUGCUAAAUCGAGUAUCGUUUUUAAGAGAAGAUAACGAGUUUAUAGCGAAAUCGAUAUUUCAUCCGAGUACAAGGUUCAUUUUUUUCAAUCGUCAGCAACCUUUGGUUUAUAGGGAUUAUGGUGGCACGAAAUUGGCUAUAUUGACUAAUGGCAAUGAUCAAGUAAACAUUGAUGAGUUGACCCCGGGGAAACACAACAAGUUGGGGUAUAUUGGUAAUACCCAGUUUUUUGCAAACGGCUUGAUCGACAAGAUUUCAAAUUGGGAACUGAUCUUGACUACUUGGUGUGAGGAUAAUAAGAAUCACGCAAAGAAUUUGAGAGGAGAGGGGAAACCAGUUUUCUUGUUUAUGGGCUUAUUAGAUGAGUCAAUCGGAUUAGACUUGAAGUCAUUGAAAAGUGAAACAGAAGCAGAAAACUGCACAGAAGACCAAUACUUGGACCACCAGGGCCGAUAUCAAGGAAUUGCAUACUAUGCAGUGGACGUAACAAGAGAUUACAAUUUGAGUGACCAGCUAGUAGAACUCGUUAACAAAUCAAUCAAUGAAAAGGAAAAGACUGGGAAAUCACCCCAAGAAAAUGGUAUAUACUAUACACACUCAAGAAAACAUUUUCUUCAAUUCGAACAUAAAGAUGCAAGUUUGUACAGUCACGGUGCAAUGUUUUUCAACUGGUUGAAAACGAAUAAAUUUUGUCCCGGUUGUGGUCAUCCUACUAUCCCCAUCCAUGCUGGUGGGAAACUAGUUUGCACAAAUGAAGAAACUUUACCCCCAGUUGAUAAACUGGAACCUAAGUUUGUGUGUCCCGUGAAAAAAGCUCCAGUUUCAAAUGUGUCUUUCCCCCGCACAGAUAUGGCAAUUAUUUCCAUAAUUACAAACAGAGACAGGUCAAAAAUCCUCUUGUCCUUGGGGAAAAGACACGCAUCUGCCAAGAUGUAUUCGUGCACUGCAGGAUUCAUGGAACCGAGCGAGACAGUUGAAGUUGCAACAAAGAGAGAAAUUUGGGAAGAAACAGGAGUCAACUGUGAGGAGAUCCAAAUCGUAAUGACACAACCUUGGCCAUUCCCACAAAAUUUGAUGAUUGGUUGUAUUGGCGUUGUUGACUUUAAUGGAAAAAAUGAGUUGAUCCACUUGGAUCACGAUAAUGAACUAUUAGAUGCGAGAUGGUUCGAUACCGAAUUUGUGAGAAAAUUGGUUUAUUCUGAUGAAGUUGAUUCAAAUGACGAUUUUAAUCCAGAGGGUAUCAUGAUACCUAUUCCUGAAUCUAUCGCUUUUACAUUGAUUAAAUUGUGUGUCGAUGAAGAAAGUAAUAAACACAAGUUAUGA